AUGCAUUAUGGGAAGAGGGAAGCAGAUACACAGAAACUUGUGGAUGAGCUCUGCAGGCAAGCUAGAAAUUACCACGAGCCAAAAACGGUGUCAAAAAGUGCCUCAAACCUGCAGAACAGGCCAGAAUCAUCUCCUCGUCUCCUCUGGUGGCCUUCCUUCAGCCUACAGAUGCAUAACUGUGUUGACCUUUGCUUCAGCAGAUCAAUGAGACCCUGCCUGGUUGGAUUCCGUCGGUGCAGCAUCCACAGACCGCAUGCAGCCCUGUUGUAACCCCCAGCGGCACAGCAGCUCUGAAAAGCACAAUUAGGCAGCAAUCUGCUCCCACCAAGCCAGCUUUCAGCAACUCCAGCGUGGAUACACGAUGUCCUGCAGACCCUCCACGCUGGGGUUGGCAGGUUGAAGGUCUGAGAGAGCAGCAGGGCUGCAGACAGAUGGUGUGA